AUGCCUCCUCAACGAAACAGGCGCAAUGGCGCAGGACGCAAUAAUGACCACGUCGUUCGACUUCUUCGGGAGUGCAUGCAUUAUGUCUUUCACCCUUAUUCUGUUCCUCUCCCAACUGGACUGCGCCCCAGCGACGUGAUCCAACUGCUUCUUGACAACGUGGCCCAGUUCACGUUGGGAGAAGCGAUCCACGCCAGAGCCGCAGCUCUGGAACCGGGGUACAGUGGGAAGAUCACAGCGAUGCUCCUAGAUCGAUCUUCUCACCAUGAGCUUCUUCAGAUAGUUUUUCGAGCGCACGUCCAAGAAGCCAAGACCGUAUAUAAAGCACACAUUCGGAGGCUCCGUGAAGAAUCGGCCGAGAUGGAGGAAGCGCCAUUCACGCUGCCCGCCACGCCCGAACCAAGUCGGAACCACCAGUACGACCCCAGUGUCCAGAUCCACACCUACAGGCGCCCCAGGCGAUUUGCCACAGCCGACAUCAACAACGGCAGGAGUUCUGCUAGUGAUGAAGCUCGAGAUAAUGCGCGUGUCAACACCGCCCUCCUCCCACAGCAUCACCGGCCCCGACCCCAGUACCAAAUACAGCAGACUGCUCAGAACCGCAAUCCUCACCGGGCUCUCCAGGCCGCUGGUAGGAACGCCAACGGUGUUCAUCUUCAAUUUCUGAACGGCUUGUUGAUCUUCAGAUGGGUUGGGACGGGCAACGAGCUCCAGAUAGACAUGGAGGGCGCCAUGCGGAGCCCAGAUAUCCUGACACCAUAUUCCACUCCCAAAAUUGUCAUCAAUUCGCUGACAGAAUCAUAG